AUGGCUGCAGGGAAAAAGAAAAAGAAGAUAGCCUCCAAUCCAGCUCGAGGCUUUACCACAGUUUCUAUCGCAUCGAAGCCUAAAGCUGAAGCUCCUGAACUUGAGACUUUAUCAUCGCCCUCAAAAGAGUUAGUCCAGGCUCACACAUCCGGUGCAGAAAAAACAGCGAUAGGGGAAUUGGCUCCAAAUAUUGAAUCAGAAAAGACAAUAGGAGCAGAAGAAUUUGAGAAACAACUUGAAGAAUCAGAGCUGCAGCUUAUCGUGGAAAAAUAUGCUCAGAAAUCAAGAAAAGAUGUUCAACGACAAAGGGCAAGGCUUGAAACGGAUCGAAGAGUUUUGAGAAGCCAAUCAGAAGCGUUUCAUAACAAACAAUGGCUCCCAAAAGAAGUUGUUGAAGAGAUAUUGGACCUACUAAAGGCAGAAAAACGAAUAUCAGGACAGGGAGAUAAAGUAAUAAGCAACAAGCAGCCUACAGACGAAGACCUUACAAUACGUCUCUGGAAGUUACAACAGGUCCUCGCUGAAGCUGGAUUUUCAGAGAAAAAUACUUUUUCGGCAUUACACUACGUCCUAGAAAAUUCAGAUAAAAUAGGAAUUGGAAGCCGAGAUAUAGUUUGGGGGCUUGAUGAGUCUCUAGACUGGCUCUGUCUAGAGUGUCCACGGGAUGAGCUCCCUGAAUAUGAGAUAUGGAACCGAAAAGUAGGAGGAGCCUUUAAAACAUCACCUGAAACAGGGUUAGACAAUCAACAAACUUCGAAAGCACCUCUCCCUUCUCUUGCACCCGACACAAGACAUUUGAAGCUUACAGGAUCAAGCUGCAUUACUCCCGCCAAGGCAAAAGAACUUUCUCCUGUAGUUAAAGCAACAAAAAUAGAUUGUGAAAGUGAUAUUGAUCCAGAUGACUUAUUACCAAUCUAUCUUGAUUGUAAGAAAGAGAUUUUCAAACUGCAAGAACUGAAAGCCUCUAACAAGCAUAAAUCAAAACGAUUGGGAUCUCGUAACUCACAACUAGAUAAAAAUACCUCGAAAUGUUCGAAAUCUGUAAAAUUGAUGGAAAAGAUUAAGAAAAUUGAGGAUGAUAUCCUAUUUGAUCAGUAUAUUGCAGAGCAAGAAUGGAGAAAAAUCCGAAUCCAAAUUGAAAAGGAGGCAGCAGCUGAAGCGUCAAGACUUGCAAAAGAUAGCCUCGAACGUAGUGACUGUACAUCUCAGCAGUCCCAAUUUUUGGAUGCUCAAAACCUUGAGAAUAACAAAAAUUUUGACGAGAAUUCCGCCUCUAAAAAUGAGAAUUAUAAAACCGCUAACGAUAAUAAUGGUGAUGAUGACAAGGAGAACAGCGAUGAAAAUUAUGAUUCCAUUUUGGCAGAUUUAUUUGAUAAUCAACCUCUAACACAGGCAGAUCAGUCCCCUAACGAAACUUCGACUGCUAUUAAUAACAAUAGCAGCACUACAGUCAUCAUCCGAGAAUUUGGUGAAUGGUCAGGUGUCAGCCCUGGCAAGAUUUUAGAAGAAACAUGUCGACACAGAGAUCCAGCGGUUAAAAUUAAACUUACACCAACCCUCAAAACUUAUUUUUCAAACCGUCAUUCUCUCAAAAUCACAUGGUCCAAGCCCCCACAACUUGAGAGCAACCCUCCAGCAGCUAUCAAAUACACUUUAUCUUCUGAAUCUGAAACAUUUACCAUGGUUAAAAUAUCAACACCAACAUCAGCUGAAUCUGAAGCUUACAUCGCAACUACGGCACUUUUUUCUCUUUACGCUUCCUCGAAUAUGAAAGAAAAGGUCUUUCUACGUCUACCAUCUAUAUGGAAGGAUCUCUGGAAUGAGUUUGCGGCAGAAAAGAAAGAAUGUGCGGACCAAGAGGAUCGUGACACUAUCCGCGUUUUCCGAAACAUGGUUAGGGAAAAGAGAGAUCGAGAACUUGAAGAUGGUGUUCUACUUCAAGGUGCAUUCAAAAACAGAAUUGCAUCUCGUCCCGGAGAUGAAGAAUCCUGCUCUAGUAGGUCCCAAAAAUUAGCACCGGAAUCUUACUAUCGAACUUGGUAUGAAAAGUCCAGCACAAUGAAUUACCAAAUAAUGUUACAAUCUCGCAUGAAGUUACCUAUUUGGGGCUUCAAGAGUAAACUCUUAGAUACUAUUGAUCGUGAACAGGUUGUAAUCAUAUGUGGAGAAACUGGAUGCGGGAAAAGUACUCAGGUUCCGUCAUUCAUUCUAGAAAAUCAGCUAUGUCAAGGGAAAGCCUGUAAAAUUUAUGUCACAGAACCAAGACGAAUAUCAGCUAUCUCGCUUGCUCGUCGUGUCAGCGAAGAGCUCGGAGAAAGCAAAAAUGAUUUAGGUACCCCGCGCUCUCUUGUUGGAUAUGCAAUUCGACUAGAAUCGAGUAUCUCAAAAGAAACGCAACUUAUUUAUGCUACAACGGGAAUCGUCAUGAGGUUAUUAGAGGCGUCUAAUACUCUCAAAGAAGUUACCCACAUAAUUCUGGAUGAGGUUCAUGAGCGAAUAAUCGACAGUGAUUUUUUGUUGAUAGUCCUUCGAAAGCUUUUGGAAAAAAGACCGGACCUAAAGAUUGUAUUAAUGUCAGCGACUGUUGAUGCUGAAAGGUUUUCAAAAUAUUUUAAUGGAGCUCCGAUUUUAAAUAUACCAGGACGUACCUUUCCAGUACAAGUAAAGUUUCUAGAAGAUGCUAUAGAAUUAACUGGAUACUCCCCCGAAAACGAAUAUCAGGAGAAGUUUACGGAUAUUGAUGAGCUAGAUGUUCCUGACCCAAUUUUCGGUGACUCUUCCAAGUCAGAAAAUAGCAAAGCUUUAAGAGGUUAUAGUAACAAUACUCGAAAUACUAUUAUGCAGCUAGACGAGUAUAGAAUUGACUACGAGCUAAUCACUCAACUUUUGGCCAAAAUUGCAACUGAAAAACGACUAGAGGUUUUCAGCAAGGCAAUUUUAGUUUUCUUGCCCGGGCUUGCAGAAAUAAGACAACUUUACGAUAUACUAAUGGGACAUGCGACUUUCUCAUCAAAUUGGGACAUAUUUCUUCUGCAUUCAACGAUUGCAAGUGAAGAUCAAGAGGCAGCGUUCUUAUUGCCCCAGCAGGGAAUGCGGAAAAUAAUUCUAGCUACAAACAUCGCAGAAACUGGUAUCACUAUUCCAGAUGUGACCUGUGUGAUAGAUACGGGAAAGCACCGAGAGAUGAGGUUUGAUGAGCGGCGACAACUUUCCCGGCUGAUCGAAACCUUUAUAAGUAAAGCAAAUGCUAAGCAGAGAAGAGGUAGAGCUGGACGCGUACAAGAGGGUCUAUGCUUUCACUUAUUUACCAAGUAUCGGCAUGAUAAUCUGAUGGCCGAUCAUCAAACUCCAGAGCUAUUGCGCUUAUCACUGCAAGACUUAGCUAUACGUGUAAAGAUCUGUAAACUCGGGAGUAUUGAAGAAACAUUAGGCCAGGCUCUUGAUCCUCCUUUACCCAAGAAUAUCCGCCGAGCAAUAGACGCUCUUAUCGACGUUAGAGCUUUAACUUCCUGUGAAGAUCUAACUCCCCUAGGUGUACAACUUGCAAGGCUACCUCUAGAUGUAUUUUUGGGCAAGCUUAUCCUUCUUGGCUGUAUAUUCAAGUGUCUGGAUGCUACUACAACUAUAGCUGCAAUCUUAUCUUCCAAGUCACCCUUCUCGGCACCUUACGGAGCACGAUCACAAGCUGAUAAUGCUCGACUUGCCUAUCGAAGAGGAGAUUCCGAUCUUUUGACAAUUUACAACGCGUAUCUAGCUUGGAAGCGGGUCUGCGUAUCAGGAGCGUCUGAAUAUCAAUUCUGUAAAAAACAUUUUCUAAGCCCACAAACUUUGGCCAAUAUCGAAGAUCUUAAAGGUCAACUUACAGUCUACCUUGUUGAUUCUGGGUUUCUCCCCCUAACUGAUGCAGAGCGCUCUAGUCUGAAUAGAGCUCGCUACUCAAGUCGACGGAGGCAAUUCUUUGACUUACCUCGAAGAUCAACUAUAAACAGCGAAAAUGAUUUAAUCACCUCUUCAGUAAUUGCGUGGAGUUUUUACCCAAAGCUUCUCAUUCGUGAUGGGAAAGGUUUCCGAAACUUCAAUAAAGGAAAUAAUGAUCUGAAAUGGCUCUCUUAUUAUCAUAUCAUGCAAGCAAAACAAUUUUAUAAUGCCCAUGAAACUACGGGUACAGAAGACUUCGCGGUUGCAUUGUUAUGCGGGGAUGCUCGUUGUGACGUUUAUGCUGGUGUAAUAGUCCUUGACGGAAAUAGAGCGAGAUUUUCUUUACCAGAUUGGAAAACAAUGUUGGCAAUGAAAACUCUUCGGGCAAGAUUACGUGAAAUUUUGACUCGAUCAUUCAAGAAUCCAGGGAAACCGCUCAGCGUUCAACAACAAAAAUGGAUGGAGAUAUGGCAAAAGAUUUUUACACAAGAACCAAUAAAUAAAGCUUAG